CUGACAUCACCGAGACAUUGAUAUGUCAAUGCUACUCUUGGAAACAUUCUAGUCUGUUUCGGACGGACAGCCUAAGCAACAUCAUGUCGUUUAGCUGGUCAGCAAAAGACCACAAGAGUUAUACAAAUCCACCCUCCAACCCAACCCAAGGGCUGAAGCGGCCACGGAACGAAACAGCGAACAAAGUGACAGUGGUGCUCGGUGCGCAAUGGGGAGAUGAAGGCAAAGGAAAAGUCGUCGAUUUAUUGGCGACUGAGUCUGACCUUGUUUGCAGAUGUCAGGUAAUAUCGUGUGUAUAUGAUACGAUAUUAAUGCAACGUUCACAUACUUGAACUGACAAAAGUUGUCAUCAUGUCAUUGAAUUAUAACGCAUGGUUGCUGUGAAAUUCAUGAUGCGUCUUUUGUUUUGUUAUGUGGUGUCCUCGAGGUUAUAAGGGAAUUUAGGAUCAAUAAAGUUCUGUUUUGCUUUCUAUUUUAUCAUUGCAGAAAAUUAGUUUACAUUUAAUUGUUUUAAGAAUUGAAAAAUUCCUUGGUGGACUAUUAACCGUUCUUCAAUUUCAACUGAAUUUUAAUUUAUUGACUUGACUGGAGUUUAAAUUAAACUUUUCAAAUUGGAACGCUAUUGACUGGUUAUUUGUCUCUUCUUAUGACAUGAUCAUUACGAACUUGAAAGCAUAGUCUCUCAACUGGGGAUCCAUACCUCACACAUCACUUAGCUGUAAAUUGUAUCUAUCUGAAGACCUAUACAGUAAAAUGCUAAAAUAGACCGAAGUACCAACAUAGGGCAAAAAGCAAAAUUCACACAGUACUGCUGGGGGAAGGAAGCGUUAGAUCACAAUUAGAUCAAUACUCAUAGUAUUACAAAGGUUUAUUGAUAUCAUAAAGAGGGUGUCAUAAACUAUUCUGCUAUAUAGAGCCGAACCCCCUUAAUGAAGAUGAUGUCAAUAAUGACACUUAGGCAAAGUUUCUUUAGAUCAAAGUUUCUCUUUGACCAGCAAAGAAAAACAAAACUUGCUCAGAAAUAAUUUAUUGGGAGACUAACAGCGUAAAGUCCAUUACACAGUUGUUGUGUUGUACUCUCCAUUGACAGCAGGUCACAGCACUGAGCACUCUGUGUACUCCUUCAGCCUGCCCAACCCACUGGGCUGGUGCAGGGUCACAUUCCCAGGGUGACUUGACAUUUAGAAGGUCUUAGCCAGGGUGCAUGGAGUGGAGGGUCUGGCAGCCAAGUCUGUUAAAAUAGUUGGUGGGGGGUAGAUUGGUGACAAGGAGGGGGCUUGGACUCUAUUACCCACUGACUAAAAUAAGAUUAUACAUUUGCUCUGGAUGUAUGGCCAGUGGAUAUCCUGACUCUUUAAUGUCCACAUUUUGCUCUCCCUUUACGAGUAACAGCCAUAAAUCAAAUCAAUAAUUGUCCUUCUGUGAAAUCAAGCUGCUAGACUUUGGUGACAGUUGGAGGUUUGCUAAACACGAUCUUGUUUUGAUCUUCCAGGGCGGUAACAAUGCAGGCCACACAGUGGUAGUGGAAGGUAAAGAGUAUGACUUCCACCUUCUCCCCAGUGGAAUUAUCAACCCCAAAAGUAUAUGUGUCAUUGGUGAGUGUUUCUCUACUCUUUAUCCCCAUUUCCACUAACUCCAGUAGGCAAUGGUCAGUAUGUUCUCAUUUAUCCAGCAUAUGUUCCUUUGUAGGUAAUGGCGUAGUCAUACACCUACCAGGUUUGUUUGAGGAGGCGGAGAAGAAUGAGAAGAAAGGUAAAUCAAGUAUUUUUAGAAUAACAGUCAAUGCUGUAGUUGUCAAGUUUGAGGAAACCAUUACAGUAUUUUUUUUUCUCCAUUCUCUGACCAGGUCUCAAAGGCUGGGAGAAGAGACUAAUUGUCUCUGACAGAGCUCACCUUGGUAUGUGUGUAUUUUGUAGUUUCACAAAUGAAGUGAAGAUGUAUACAGAAUAUGUGCUAUUUGGUGUGUUUGUUUAUCUGCAUAAUGUACACUGAGUAUACAAAACAUUAAGAACACCUGCUCUUUCCAGGUGAAAGCUAUGUUCCUUUAUUGAUGUCACUUGUUAAAUCCACUUCAAUCAAUGUAGAUGAAGGGGAGGAGACAGGUUAAAGAAGGAUUUUUAAGCCUUGAGACAAUUGAGACAUGGAUCGUGUAUGUGUGCCAUUCAGAGGGUGAAUGGGCAAGACAAGAUUUAAAGGAAAAGUCCAGCUUUGGGUAUUUGUUUCAUUAGUCCAUUGUUGACAUAGUUCCAAAAUGUUUUGCUUGUCACCAAUCAAGUUUUCAAGAUAUAUAAUUUAAGAAAUACAGAAAUCAUCCCUGUAUGAUGCAUUUUGCAUCAUAUGAUGCUGUAUUUUGCAUCAUAUGAUGCUGCAUUUUGCAUCAUAUGAUGCUGCGUUUUGCAAAAUGCAUCAUACAGGGAUGAUUUCUGUAUUUUGCAACUCAAUAUUAUGAAGGUGUUCCUAAUGUUCGGUAUACUCAGUGUAUAUCUGUGUAUUGUGCUUAGAGAAAGGAUGACAUUUAUUUUGCUUUUAUCUUUCGACAGUGUUUGAUUUCCACCAGGUUGUUGAUGGAAUUCAGGAGACCCAGCGACAAGCAACAGAGGGAAAGAUGUAAGGGUAGGGAAGGCAAUGGUUGCUUGCAUAGGGGUAGAGAGUACAAUGGUCCACUGUCAAUAGAAAUCCCAGGACUUCAGUCAAUCACUUUCACAUCUGAUGAAUAAUUGUAGAUGCUACUUUGUAAUCCCCUCAGCUAAAACAGGUGUUUUUUUCUCAUGACAGAAUUGGAACAACCAAGAAAGGCAUUGGACCCACCUAUGCCAGCAAAGCAUCUCGCAUAGGACUGCGUGUCUGUGACCUGCUGGGAGACUUCAAGGAGUUCUCUACCAAGUAUGCUUACUGAAAGACAGGACACAAUAUAAACAUCUAAACCUGACAUACAAUAAACAUUUUGAGAGUCCAAAAGUAUAUGAUUGUGGCUGUCUCAAGACUUUGCUCUUGAACUAAAUUGACCCACUAAACUGAAAAGUGAUAGAGAUUGAGAUGAUUUGGGGGUUUCUUUCAGAUUCAAGAACCUUGUCGAACAGUACCAGUCCAUGUACUCAUCCCUGACAGUUGAUACUGAAAGUCAGCUAAAAAAACUGAAGGUAUUCGGUAAAUCCCCUCUGAAUGAAUAGUCAUGGGCUAUGGAUAUAUUAGAUCUAUGAGACUUCUUGUUGUCUUGUAUUGUGCAGGAGUAUGGAGAGAGGUUGCGGCCGAUGGUGCGAGAUGGAGUCUACUACAUGUACGAGGCUCUUCAUGGACCCCCAAAGAAAAUCCUGGUGGAAGGGGCCAAUGCUGCCCUCCUCGACAUUGACUUUGGUAAGAAAUGUCAUGGUCCCAUUGCGGAUUAUUAUAAAAGAAAUAGAGCCUGCACACUCCUAAGCUCCAACACGUGCCUUUAUUCACAAGCAAACAACGUUUCGGUCCUGCAUUGAGGAUCGUGCCAAUGAUGAGAUGGACAGGAAAGUGUGAUGGUUAAAUGGACAAACCAUCUGUAUGUAAGUUUAUUUCCACUUUCUCUCUUCCCUUUAGGCACAUAUCCUUUUGUGACCUCAUCAAACUGCACCGUUGGUGGGGCAUGCACUGGUCUUGGCAUCCCUCCACUGAAUAUUGGUGAAGUGUAUGGUGUAUCAAAGGCCUACACCACCAGGGUGGGAAUUGGUGCCUUCCCCACAGAACAACUCAAUGUAAGAGCUCAUUCAUCUAUAUGGACAUUCUUGACUCUCUCAAUAAGGAGAUUCUAAUGUAACGAUUAAAGAUGAACAGCCAGAGCAAGACUUGAACCAGUAACCUUGAGUGAGAGAGUGCACUAUCACCUGUGUCAUGAAGGUGGAAGACCUCUUAGCAGAGGUUGUAGUGCAUUUACAUACAGGAAGGUUUAGUAGUUUGAUAUAUACAGUUUGUUUAGACAUGUUGUUUUCUUUUGAGGUACAAGUAGAGUUGGAUAUGUAUAGUAAGCCUAGUGUUUAAGAUCAUAUGACUCUCACACAUGUAGGAAGCCUGGUAUCAAAAGGCGCUGCCUUUGUGGCCAGCUGUCAGAUCGUGUGAGAGGCCUGUUAUAACACUCUUUAGCUCUCAUGCUGAUCACAUGUUCAGGGCCUAAAUUUAGGCCAGAGUCAGGGUUCAAGAUAGAUUUACUAUCUGGUCUGGGGUUAUGUAACCUAACAUGAGAACUGUCCAUGGGGCUGCUGGUCAACAUGUUUCAGCUUGAUCCCUCACUCCAACUGUAAAUGUAUUGGUUUACUUUGCAUUUUAUUAGAUCAAUCACAUUUAUUUUAUGAAGCCCUUAUACCCAGUCUAAAACCCCAAAGAGCAAGCAAUGCAGAUGUAGAAGCACAGUGGCUAGGAAAAAACUAGGAAGAAACCUUUUAUAACAGUACAUGGCCAUUAAGGCCAGAUCGUUCUUCAAGAUGUUCAAAUGUUCAUAGAUGACCAGCAGGGUCAAAUAAUAAUCACAGUGGUUAUAGAGGGUGCAACAGGUCAGGAGUAAAUGUCAGUUGGCUUUUCAUAGCCGAGCAUUCAGAGGUCGGUGAACAGGUCAGGGUUUCAUAGCCGCAGGCAGAACAGCAUGAACUGGAUCAGCAGCAAAACCAGUUGGACUGGGGAUGGGGACAGCCAGGAGUUGUCAGGCCAGGUAGUUCUGAGGCAUGGACCUAGGGCUCAGGUCCUCCGGGAGGGGAGACAGAGAGAGAGGAGAGAGAGAAAGAGAGAGGACAGGAGAGAAAUAGAGGGAGCAUAACUAAGAUCACACAGAACACCAGAUAGGACAGACUGACCAUAGCCCCCUGGCACAUAGACUAUUGCAGAAUAGAUUUUAGUCAUUUAGCAGACGCUUUUAUCCAGAGCGACUUACAGUUAGUGAGUGCAUAAUAUUUAUUUUUUUUCAUACUGGUCCCCCGUGGGAAACGAACCCACAACCCUGGCGUUGCAAACGCCAUGCUCUACCAACUGAGCUAGAUACUUGGGACUGAGACAGGGGGGGGUCGGGGGACACUGUGGCCCCGUCCAAAGUUACCCCCGGACAGGGCCAACCAGGCAGGAUGUAACCCCACCCACUUUGCCAAAGCACAGCCCCCACACCACCAAAAGGAUAUCAUCAGACUACUAACUUACUGCCCUAAGACAAGGCUGAGUAUAGUCCACAAAGAUCUCCCCCACCGCACAAGUGUUUCUUUUUAAGAAUGUUUUAUUAAUAACAACUAUUAAGAUUAGUGCCCAUAAGUGGACAACACUGAAGUAUUUGACUAUUGAUCAAUCAAGUGAUCUAUUCUAGAUAACUGAGUGUGUUUUGUGCAGGUGACAGGUGAGCUGCUGCAGACAAGAGGUCAUGAGGUGGGCGUGACCACGGGCAGGAAGCGUCGCUGUGGCUGGCUGGACCUGGUCAUCCUGAGAUACGCUCACAUGAUCAAUGGCUUCACUGCGUGAGUGGAUAUGACUGAAAGAGAGGUGGCCAAACCUAACUCUUUUUAAAUAUCUAACCCUACUCUUUACUACAUUUACAUUCUACAUGUUAGUCAUUUAGCAGACGCUCUAAUCCAGAGAGAUUUACAGUUAGUGCAUUCAUUUUAAGAUAGCUAGGUGGGACAAUCACAUAUCUCAGUCAUAGUAAGUACAUUUUUCUUAAAUAAAGUAACUAUCAGCAAAGUCAGUGCUAGUAUGGGAGAAAAAAGUCAAGGGCGAGUGUUAGUUCACGAAAGGCACGUUUUUUUAUGUGUUAUUUCUUUAUCUGCCUGGUUCAAUGUGCUGUAUCUGUCUAUGACUGCUACUCUGAAUGUAACCCAUGUAGUAGUUUUCAUCUCUUUCCUGAAAUGUGUUAAACAAAUAACAUUGUUUCCUUACAGCAUUGCUUUGACAAAACUUGACAUCCUUGAUGUGCUGGAUGAGAUCAAAGUAGGAGUGGCCUACAAAAUCAAUGGCAAAAGAAUUCCCAAUUUCCCAGGUAUGCUCUCUAAAUUCGAUUCAAAAGUACUGUACCAAACUAGGCCUACCCUGUAAAAUAUACAUUUAGAGAAUUCAUUAAGUAUUAUCUCUACAAAAACAUUUGAUUUUUCCUCUGAUUUAUAAUGAUCUUCAUCCUUCAUUCACAUAGCUAACAUGGAGCUGUUGCACAAAGUGGAGGUAGAGUAUGAGACCUUCCCCGGCUGGAAGAGUGACACGUCCGCAGCCAGGAAGUGGAAUGAUCUCCCCCAGAAGGCUCAGAACUACAUCCGCUUUGUGGAGAACCACAUUGGAGUACCCAGUAAGUUACAAUUAGGAUACAGGGUGUUCCUGCUGACCCAAACUGAAAACAAAAUAAAGCCUUCUUAUUGGACAAGUAGGCCUAUAGGUCAUAGUAGUAGUACCUCCUCCAUUUCACUCCAUUUCAAAACAUUUUCUUCUACCGAACAUGACCCAGUUUUAACCAUACCAUACUCCAGUAUACGAUUACUGUUACUGACCCCUAUAUAGGAAACUGAAGAGCCAACCGAGGAUCAGGGACAUGGCUUAAAUGUGCCAGUAGGGGGGCACUAUUGUCUAUAUCAUAACUAGUACACAAUUCUGCAAGGAUGAUACUAGUCUAGUGCAAAUGUUUUGGGGAUUUGUUAGUCUUUUUUUGACAUGUCCUUUUCAUUUCUCUCUACAGUUAAGUGGGUCGGCAUAGGAAAGUCCAGAGAGUGCAUGAUCCAGAUGUUCUAGAGAGUUUACCUCCUCUCUCCCCAAGAUGGACGCACAAAGAUAUGGCAUGAUGUGACAUAUAUUUGCAACCCCCAAACGGUAUAAUAUUCUGUAAAAAACAAUUUGCCAACAGAUUUGUGUAGCUCUGAAAAAAUGUUGACUGUAAAUGUUGGUAACUUUACAUCUAUCUAUGCAGUGCUUGUCAUCUUUAAGUUGCCUUGUGAUGAUGUCGGCCAGAAAGUAAAUCUUACCUUGUGCCACACAACAACCAUGAAAGAAAAAAACACAUCCAAUAACUUUUCCUCCUGUGUAACCUUAUCUACUGUUUCGGUCUUCUUUACACAUUUAUCACACCAGCAGACAACAUAUAUUUUGUAUCAACCAGCUGACUGUUUGCAUAAUAAACAUGUUUAGGAGUGAAACAGUGUGAUACAUAAUUGUCAUCCUUGUUAAUGCAAGUAAUUUUGUAGUAGGCUAAUAUGGGAUUUGAUUUGUCUUUGCUAGCUACAAUGCUUUAAAAUAAAACUUAUAUGAUGGCUACAUA